AAGCGGAUCCGCACGCAGGAUCACGUUCGCGAAACACAACAAAUCGAGCUUUGCUUACCUUGCUUAUUAGGGUCGAUUGCAGCGGCGGCAGCUCCGCUCCCUAUCCGGCCUUCUACGAGGCGGUCGUUUGUUCUUGUCUGCUGCGCAUCCAAAAAGAUGUAUUCGCCCUCUUCUUCUCACGCUAUCCAUUGUCAUUGCGCUUCCCCUUCUCCCCUCCGUUCUUCGUCUGCUUCCUUCAAAAGUAGUAGUACUCUCUGCGCUCCCAGAACCCUAGCCAUUGGUUUCGUAAGUAACUACCAACGGCAACAUCUCUCCAUUCGAUGCCGCCGCUCCGAGUUCUUAGACCAACACCGCCUAACUGGUCGUUCUCCUUCACCGCCGCCUGAGGAACCUGCCUCUUUCAACCCCCAACCCCCCGGAGCGUUGAAUUCGAGGGUGUUCGUUGGUUAUUCCAUUUACAAAGGGAAGGCAGCGCUCACGGUGGAUCCACGAGCCCCUGAAUUCGCCCCUCUUGAAUCUGGAGCUUACAAAGUCUCUAAGGAAGGAUUUAUUCUCCUCCAAUUUGCUCCUGCUGUAGGUACUCGACAAUACGAUUGGAGUAGAAAGCAGGUCUUUUCUUUGUCCAUACCUGAAAUUGGCCAUCUGAUGAGUCUUGGUGCAAAGGAUUGUUGUGAAUUUUUUCAUGAUCCAUUCAAGGGAAGAAAUGAGGAAGGCAAGAUAAGGAAGAUUUUAAAGGUUGAACCUCUUCCAGAUGGCACCGGAUAUUUCUUUAAUCUCAAUGUUCAAAAUCGGCUAUUGAAUAUGGAUGACAGCAUAUACAUACCAAUCAGCAAACCGGAGUUCGCUAUUCUUAACUCGGCUUUCAAUUUUAUUGUUCCAUAUCUUCUUGGUUGGCAUUCCUUCGCUAAUGCUAUCAGACCGGAGAAUUCCUUCCGUAUGAACAUGGCAAGAUCCUCUGUUGAUUUUGAAUGGGGUAAGUGAAGGACAACUCUCAAAAGAAAGAAGCAAUUCCAAACUAUGAAUGCGUGCCAUUUCUUUGAGGCUGGGUUGGUCGUAUCGAAGUUCUAAUGAAAUUCUCUGGACAGAUGUGAUUUCAGGGAAUUUGCUCUCUAUGUCAUGAUGUUUUGAGGCAAUUGCUCAUAGUUUUUCCUUUUUAAACUGAGUUAGUAAGCUUCGAUUACUAUGGAUUUGAAUUUGAUUGUGUAGCAAGGGCUGUAGUUGCUAGAAUGGGACUUCUAGACUAGUUGGUUCUGAGAAACAUAAACUGACGAAAAAAUCAAGUUUAUUCUCAGGUUGUUCAUGUGAUUCUGUGAUCAAGGUGGCUGCCAUCCAUCAUGCAUUUUGACGGUGAAAUAGAAUGGAGUUUCUUCAUCCUGAAAUGAGACAAAUCAUUUGUGAAAAAGGUAUUUCUCCUAAUACUUAAGUAUCAUGGAUCACUCAUUCACCCCUGAAGGAUUAUUUAGCGUCAACCAUGGCAAUUUUAUAUCCAAAUAUUGAAUUGAUUUCUUUGA